UUUCAAAAUGCCUGCCAUCUGAAUGACCGUCGUAGGACAGCAGUACCAGGUUGAGUCUGCGACGUGUGCGCGGUCAAGAUGCCGAGUGUACAGUUCUUUGGCCGCCGUUGGACGAUGGCCAGCGACGACUUCCUCCUUCCCCCAAUCUUCGAGGCUCUAUUCCGAGCAGGAUGGUUAAUAGCUGCCUCGCUCCUCUUCUGGGAUCACCAAGACUCCUGGCUGUGCCCGGAGUCCCUGCACAUCUACGUGUACCUGGCCGGCGCCCAGGUCUUUGCCGCCGCAGUCAUUAUUCUGUGCAUAAUCUGCGUUCUGGUCAGCACACGGGGCACGAUCCUCCAGGCGACGCCCCGUAAGCACAUGUCUCUGGUGCUGUACAUCAAGACAGCACUGGUCGUCACCGAGAUCUUCUGGCAGGGGUUCGGCACGGUCAGGAUCUACUUCUACCAGGACGAGUGCGUGCCGCUGGAGCUCUGGCACACGCUACGAACGCUCCUGUGGGUGGUCUGGGUCAUGCUGUUCCUGCUGCUCCUAUGUGCGUACUCCGUCUACAACCCGUCGGGCUCCAUCAAACACCACCCGCGCAGGGACCUGUCCGAUCUGGAAAUCAGCGAGGACGUCAAGAACCUCUUCCUCGAACCCACGGAAAAGGGAAGCCGCAGGCUGCAUAGGCAGUGGUUCAAACGGACGAAACGCUGCUUCUGCUGCAUCUCCAGCAACGAGGAGAGCAAAGAGGCGUACUGGUACGUCGCCGAGCUGCUGGCUACAUACUACGGGACCGUCGACGUGAUGCCGUCUGACCUGUUCUCGGCGCUGUGCCUGAUGCGGAAAAAGCAGCGACGCCUGCUGGCUCUUACGGGGUCGACCACCGAGACGCCGCCCAUCGGUGCCCUGGUGCCCUACGGCUGCUGUUCCAUUGACAUUCCACCAAUGGCCAUCAACGGUGUGGCCAAGUCACCACCGCCGUCGUCGGGUGACCCCAUCAUGACCAGCAAACCGAAGCGAGUGGUGGUCAAGCGCUCGCCGAGCAUCGGGGUUCCGGCCUGGAUGACACCGGAAGACGCCCUGCACUUUCUGCGUUUCGCGUGGGGCUGCUACGGAUGGCCAGCCUACAUGAUGUCGCAUCUCUGCACGGGACUCUGCAACCUCUGGAGCGACAUCAGGUGCGCUGACAUGCCUCGGGGCGCAUCCUGCACUGUAAAACAUUUCCCACUCUCAAAGGCCGGUUAG